UGUGGUGGGAUCAAGCCCAGAUUGGAUUUUCGUUGUCCCCUUGGGUUCUGCGAGUGCCUGAUCGCUCUGUAGGAUGCACGAGGGUGUUGAGCUGAGGACGAUGACUGCAUGCCGUUGCCAAUCUCCGUAUCGUUUUGUGCCUCAUUUACAAGAAUGGCUCGGAGAAUCGAUGAUGUCCACUGUAGAAGGCCGACUUUCAGCACCUUCCUAGCAUGCUUUCGCUCGUCGAGUUCCUUCUCGUCCGCCUUUAAAGAGAGCCGCAUUUUCCUUGUAUCACUAUAUCUGCUUCUGAGCUCGUAUUCCGAUCGCACCAGUCGCCACGGCCAAGGUCGAUCAUUUCACACGUGGAGGUAGGUAUUUCAAGAGCGAGCGACGACGCAGGAUUGCGGUGACCUAGCCUGGAUGAAAGAGGUGCUCUGCAGGAAGCCUAUGUGGUGGAGGUGGUGAGAGUGCGA